AUGGGAGAUGACCCUUACGACGCUUUCUAUAUUCCUGAUCAACCGAAGCCUAAGAUACUUCCAGACCCUGCUGCAGAUAGGCUUCGUGCCUUAGAAAAGAAGAUUAAAGCUAUCGAAGGGAAUAAUAUCUUCGGCGCCUCUGCCAUGAACAUGCGCUUGGUAGAGCCACAAUUGUCUGAGAAGGAAAUGACUGGAAUAUUUGUGGACACGCUGAAGGACCCAUUCUUUGAUAGAUUGGUGAGUAGUGCAGCAUCCGAUUUUGCGCAUCUAGUCACAAUCGGAGAUCGCAUAGAAAAGGGUUUGAGGGAUGGAAAGAUUUCAGGAGCCGUGGUAACCCCUAGCGCAUCGAAAAAGUAUUCUGGAGGCUUCCAGAAGAAAAGAGAAGGUGAAACGAACGCUGUAUCUAGAGGCUAUAAGGGGAAGCAACAGGCUUCAUAUGGCCAAGUUGCCGCCGUGGUACCCAUACCUUAUCAACAACCCAUACAACAACAACCAAUGUAUCAACCACAGCAUCAACAACAUCGUCAACAGCAAAACACCGCACCACCAAGACAAUUCAGGCCAAGGCCUCCAAGAAGGCAACUUGACCCUCUACCAGUACCUUAUAGCCAAAUAUUCCCAUAUUUGCAAAAGGAGGGCCUUCUGACAUUAAGGGAGCUAAAAUCGGCUGUCUUUCCAUAUCCACCAGGAUAUGAUGCUAACACCCAUUGUGAAUUUCACAUGGGAGCGCCCGACCAUACCCUGGAGAAUUGUUUUGCAUUUCAGAAUAGGGUACAAGACCUGAUUGAAACAAAGGCUGUCACCUUCACUCCAAGACGCCCGAACGUGAACACUAAUCCCAUGCCAACACAUGGAGAUGCUUCCGUCAGUGCCAUUGAGGAGAGUGAUCAGGGAGAACUGAUUCUUAAGGUUGAAGAGAUUCAAACCCCUAUCGCCAGGAUAGGGGCACAGUUGCUAAAAAGUGGUCUAGUCCCGGAGGAGCUGGUCAAUGAUGAGAAUGAUAAAGGGUUGAUGAAUUUUAUACAACAAAAGUUGGAUCAAGGCGAGUUACAGAUAAAUCGUCGUGUCAAGAUCAAGGGAGAGGAAGAGAUAGCCGUGUUGGAAAUCCUUUAUGAUGAAGUUAAUGUGGACAUCCCGUAUGACGAGGUCAAGGUGGAAAUCCCUAUAAACCCAUUGGUGAUAGAGUUUCCAACACCGUUCGCGUAUAAAGAUGAGAAGGCGGUACCGUGGAUAUAUCAGCCCAGAGCUUUUAAGCAAGGGCAGGAAGACCGACCUGUGUUUUUCUUUUUUUGGAUUGAAACAAGACGCAACCACGAACCACCACCGAUCAUCUUUAACAAUCAGUUAUGA